UCGUCCGGAAGUCCGGGAAGGCUCCCGGAGCAAGAGGCCGGCUGACUUUUCGGCAGCGGAUCAGCGUCCCGAGGAAGGCCCGCAGACGCCUCCCCGGAGCCCACGGCGGCGUGAGGGGCGGGCUCCUCCGGCGGAAGCUGUAUCCAACAUGCUCCAAGGUUAUAGCUCCGUGGUCCAGGCCUUGCUGGGGACCUUCUUCACCUGGGCAAUGACAGCAGCCGGGGCAGCUCUCGUGUUCGUAUUCUCCAGCGGGCAGAGGCGGAUCUUAGACGGAAGCCUGGGCUUUGCCGCAGGGGUCAUGUUAGCGGCUUCCUACUGGUCGCUGCUCGCACCGGCGGUGGAGAUGGCCACAUCGUCAGGGGGCUUCGGUGCCUUUGCCUUCUUCCCAGUGGCUGUCGGCUUCAUCCUGGGGGCCACCUUUGUCUACCUGGCUGACCUCCUGAUGCCUUACCUGGGUGCUGCAGAAGACCCCCAGACAGCCCUGGCACUGAACUUGGACCCUGCGUUGAUGAAGAAGUCUGAUCCCAGGGACCCCACUGCGCUGCUCUUCCCAGAGAGUGAACUUUCCAUCCGGAUAGGUAGCCCUGGGCUUCUUUCAGACAAGCGUGAGAAUGGCGAGGUAUACCAGAGGAAGAAGGUGGCAGCUACUGACCUGGCAGAGGGCACGGUCCCCUCAGGAUCUGUGCACGGGAGCUCAGGGCAACCUGGGGCAAGCAGCUGGAGGAGGAUUGCUCUGCUCAUCCUGGCCAUCACCAUACACAACAUUCCAGAGGGUCUUGCUGUUGGCGUAGGAUUUGGAGCAGUAGAAAAGACUGCAUCUGCUACCUUCGAGAGUGCCAGGAAUCUGGCCAUUGGAAUUGGGAUCCAAAAUUUCCCAGAGGGCCUGGCUGUCAGCCUUCCCCUGCGUGGAGCAGGCUUUUCUAUCUGGAAAGCUUUCUGGUAUGGACAGCUGAGUGGCAUGGUGGAGCCCUUGGCUGGGGUCUUUGGAGCAUUUGCUGUGGUGCUGGCUGAGCCCAUCCUGCCCUAUGCACUGGCCUUCGCUGCUGGUGCCAUGGUCUACGUGGUCAUGGAUGACAUCAUCCCCGAAGCCCAGAUCAGUGGCAACGGGAAGCUGGCAUCCUGGGCCUCAAUCCUGGGAUUUGUGGUGAUGAUGUCCCUUGAUGUGGGCCUCGGCUAGCUCUGACAAACCUUGGGACUCCGUGAAGGACUGCACCAGGCUUCUGCAGGACCAUGAGCCUCUCUUAACAUUACAACCCUGAUCCUUUCUCCCCUCCGUCUCCUUACCCCUAGAUCAGCUCUGAUUAUAUUUUGACUCUUCGUUUCGCUUUGGAGGGAGAAGCUGGUUUUCUUUGUAAUCUCAAGGUGUCAUAGAACUGUAGAUUUGUGUGUGGACCACUGAGUGGAAGGCAUCUUUCUUCAGUGGGAUUGUCGAGGCUAACCCCUCUGUCCCACCUCCAGUCUCCCUCACUAGACUCAACUUCAACACUUCAGGGUCACCUCCAGAAGUCAGCUCCUGGGGUAGACACCCUGUGCAUAUUGGCCUGAGGUUUUGGAGCAGGCUGCCAGGGCCCCUUGUGCUCCUUCUCCAUGGACCCUCUGUCCACCUAGAAUGCCAGAACAGAAGCCACAUGAACCUAGACACCUGCUUUCUGAGGCUGAGCCAGCUCAAACAUGGUCUGCUUCCUUCAGGGAAACAUGCACGGGAGGGCCCACACACCAAGGGAAGGAAGGCAGCUUGUCUCUCUCCUUUGUCCAAAGACAGCGAUUGGCAUUGCUGAUGUUAGAGAAAUAUGGAAAUGAGGGUGACCGUGAACACGCAGUGCGCUCUGUGAAGAGUGCUGUGAGUCGGUUUUAAGCUGAGCUUCCUCCACCCCCAAGCCCCCUGCUCUUUGUAGACUACAAGAGCAGGCACUUUGUAGUGGCUCCCAGAUCUCCUAGCUAUUAAUCUUGAUGUGUUUACAGCCUUUGUUUUUCUGAGAGACUUGUGGAUGCCAGCAAAUGGCAAAUACUCAACCCCCUCAUUGACUAACAGGGUUACUUAAGUCAACUCUAGGGAAUGACAUUCAGAGCCUGACAAGGCUCCUUCUCUGCUGGCCACUUGGAAACUUAUUACCCAGAGCCCCUCAGCUUCAGCGGGCUUUGUGGGAAUCUGGCCAGCGGGCUUCUAAUGGGAAAGGAAGGGGGCUGGGGUAAGAAGAGGUAUUUUUACAUUCCCUUUCUUAGAAAACUUAAAAUUCUGAAAUGACUGGACCUAGACUACAUGCUAACCUACCCCAUCAUAUAUGUAGCUCUGCCAUCCGCUCUUCCAACCCAUCUGAGAUCUCCAUGGCCAAGGAGCGUGUGGGACUCAGAGAACAGGCUCUACCCCGGAACCAGGCAUUUGGAUACUGACUGGGUUAUCAGUAUCUUGCCUCUGUGUUUACAUGUUCCGUCUCUCCAAGGAUGGAUAUUGUAGUCUGUGAAUGCUCAAGACCCCAGAGGCCAACCUCGGCGGGGCGUGUCCGUUUUUCUGACGCACUGGUGAUCAAAAUUGAAGAUAUAUUCAGAGAUUUGAUUGGUUGAGGUUAGCUGGUUUGAUGAUUGGCACAUGUAUAUAUUCUUAUUCUUAUGUCUCCAUGUGUAGUUCUAUUGCUGCAAAUCAUCCUUUCUGCUGGAUAAGACCUCGUAACUGUGAUUAUUGUCAAUAAAGGGAAUUUUGUUGUGC